AUGAGUGGGGACGGAAAACGUGUGGCAUCUGUAACGUGGUACGAUGAAGAGCAGAUGUGGGGCGUGGAUGUGUGGGACGUGGAGAGAGGGAUCAGACUUCAUGACGGGAUGGAACAGGUAGAGGAUUUGGAAGAAAUCACGAGUCGGUUCCUGAGGACGGCAGACAUGGGUACUGCUUCUCGCGCAGGACGAACAUCACAAAUAUUUUCAACGGAGCGAGAAAUUGUGCAAAGGCGAGAGGAUGGGUCUGAGACUGUCUUGGUCCAGUUGGAGGGUGAUGCAGACUUGCAGAUAGACCAGGAUCAUGGGGUCAUAUUCGGAUGGUCGGGUCAUUUGGUUGUUAUCAUGAAGCUAGUGGUGUAAAUUGCGAAAAGCGAUAAACGCUUGCCGCCCGAGACAUUAGUAAUAUGCGUUGCAACUGCGCGCGGUAGUAGUGGGGAGGGUUUUUUCUGUUUUGUUAUGCUUGCCUGAGAAGCUUGCUUGAUAGACGUAGCAGUCCAUGUCUUUGUAUGUAUGAACUACCGACCUGCUUCCCGUCAUCGUGCCCUCUUGUGCUCACUACGAUAUCUUGCAUCUUGUGCAAUAACGUGCAGGCACCUGGCCGUCAGAUGCGCCAGUUGCGAGCGAGUAAAGAUGUAGAGUUUGUAAGUGAAUCAAGGGUGUGUUCAGAAGCGUUGCAGACCCGCUCAAGGUGGGGCGUGCAUCUCAAUGUUGAGAGGCGAUGGGUACACGUGCACAGGUCCACACGUGUGAGAAGAAUAGUGGCAAAGGAGGCCAGCUUAGGGUGUGUCUUAACUUGCCCGGGUUUGCUUUGCUUGCCCGAGUUUGCCGGUCAUUUAUUAAUUUAUUAAUGUAAGUACACGCCUUCCCCUUACGUUAGUAGUGGACAGGUGUCCCAGAGCGACGGUGCUGACUUACAGAGGCAUACAGCGCCAUAAAUUGCCAGAACACAACGGGGAGGACACUGUGGGUUCUACAAA